GCCGCCUCAGUCGGGUUCACAGCGCGCGGAGUCGCACCGGUCCGCUCUAUCGCCUUCCUUUCCGCGCGUAAAAAGUUUUCCUACUAUUCCGAAACUUCCGAUCGCGGUGACAACACACCUAAACUUAUUUCAGUUAUCGACACGAAUAACUUUAAUGACAAAGCGUUUAUGAACUAAUAUAUAUUACUUGUGUAGAAUAUUAGUGAUAUUUCAAAAAUACAUUUAUAUUUAGAAUUAUAAAAAGAAUCCAGUUUCGAGUAUUACCUAUAAAAGUCAAGCAGCAAAUAUAAUAUACAAAAGACAUUUAAGUGGUAGCAAGAUAUAAUUAUAUUGAGCUCUUUGAAGACUAUGAUAUGUGCCACUGAUGGGAUGUACAGUCGGUGAAGCGUGGGGCCGCAGGUUCUCAGAAGCCGUGAGCUUGAUGCUGCUGCAGGGUGAGGGCCGGGGGCCUGCCAUGGAGGAGGAUUGUUCGGCGCGGCCAUGCGCCACUGACUUCUCCAUCGCUGCUAUAAUGGCCAGGGAUCGGCAGGAGCGCAGGGAAAGGAGGAGACACAGAGACCCCAGGGAAGAUACACUUACGCCCUUAGAAAAGUUUGUGGAUGCGACGGCGUCGGCUUCUGGGUCACCUUCGCCACCGUUAGCUGAAUACGAGCGAGAUUCCCCUGUCGAUGUUUCGUCAACCUCCGAGGCGGGUUCGGCGAGCGGCGCUCCGAGCGGCUCGCGAGCACUCUCUCCUCCACCCCGCAACCCGCAGCUCGCAGAACGUUGGUCAAGUGAGGAGAUGCGACACAUACAGUGCCAUCUUGAAACUAAGGAGUUAUGGGACAAGUUCAACGAACUGGGAACUGAAAUGAUCAUCACGAAAACUGGAAGACGCAUGUUCCCGACUGUUCGUGUAUCGUUCGCGGGGUGCCGCGCUGAGGCGAGAUACGCGGUGUUGCUGGACGUGGUGCCGGUGGACGGCAAGCGCUACCGCUACGCAUACCACCGCUCCUCGUGGCUGGUGGCGGGCAAGGCCGACCCACCCGCGCCCGCGCGCCUCUACCCGCACCCCGACUCACCCUUCUCCGGCGAUCAACUAAGGAAGCAGGUCGUCUCCUUUGAGAAAGUCAAGCUCACCAACAAUGAGAUGGAUAAAAAUGGACAGUUGGUGUUGAAUUCGAUGCACAAGUAUCAGCCUCGUAUCCACCUAGUCUUGAGACGGGAAGGUGCUAUAAACGCACCGAUAACAGACCUCGAGCAAGAAGAGUUCAAGACGUUCAUUUUUCCUGAAUGCGUGUUUACUGCAGUCACCGCCUACCAGAACCAACUUAUUACUAAACUCAAAAUCGACAGUAAUCCAUUUGCUAAGGGAUUUCGGGAUUCUUCGCGUCUCACAGAAUUUGAGAGAUUCUAUAUCACGGGGGAGCACGAAAGAACACCCGUCUUCCCCGAUGACGCGCGCUACAGCGCUGCCAAUUCUAGGGAAACGAUGGAGUCUAUGCUAGCGGAACAGCAUUAUUUAAGGUCUCCGUUACGGCCGUUCGAUUUGGACCAGCACAACAACAACCUAACUCUGGAAGAAAAAGCGAUACUUGCGGCUCGGUCUCAACUGUUCUUGCGUGCUGCGUACCCAUUGUACGGCGUUCCGGCGGCGGCUCUCUGGGGUCAGUGGGCGUGCUUGGCGCCGCAACUACUGGCGCAACAGCAUCUUGCUUCUGGAUCCGGGUUGCAGCUGCCGCGUCCGGUAUACCCUGGCAGUGUACCACCGCUGUCUCAGCAUCGGUUCUCGCCUUACCCGCCGCGACGUGCUUCGCCCGGAUCUUCCCCGGACUCAUUACGUGAUGCGAGCCCCCACUCCUUGCCUCACACGCCGCUCCCCCCGCACGCCCCGCACACUCCGCACCCGCCGCACAGUCCCACUUAGUGCAUUCCGUUAUGUGACAGCGACUGGUUAAUAACGAUCUCUGUAAAUGCUUUUUUAUGAACUCGAAGUUUAAUUUGGCGACGCUGUGUUAUAGUAGCACGUUUGAGUUUUAGUACAUUUCAUAUUUAAUUACAAAAACAAUGAAUAGUGCUUCUGCAUUCGCGAGUGAAUUCUAUAGACAAUAGGUCCGCAGUGUCGCCAAUCAUUGUGUACAAUAUUGUAAAAUAAAAUAUUUAAAUUUAGCUUAAGGUUGUAAUUAUUGUUGUUAUAGAAUAAUAUUAUGUUCCUAAUUAUAUUAUUUUAGCUGAUUUUACUUUCACAAUAAGAUCGAUACAUUUAAUAAAGUAACAUUUGUAACAAUUUAAAACUUUUGGUGAAAUAUUUCGACAUGUCCGGUAGUUUCAAAUUAUUCUUAAGUUGGCAAAUGAUUUAAGUCGGUUGGUGAAAUGUGCAAUACAAAAGAAAUCAUAAUAUUUCAAAUUAGCUGUUUGUAGUAAGAUAGAUAUUAUAAUUAAAAUGUAGAUAUACUUGCUGUCUGUGUUUAAGGUACUCUGUGGUAUCAUAAAUGGACAAAUAG